AAUAAUCAAUCAGUUUUAUUACAAGUGACAAACAAACUAACAAACAGGAUGAAAGUAAUAAUAAUUUUAUCCAUUUUUGUUACAAUUUUUUCAUUUCAACCAUAUGGUAUUAAUGCUGCAAAAUUUAAAUGUCCAGAACCAUUUGGUUAUUAUGAACAUGAAAAUUGUUGGCAAUUUUAUCAAUGUUCAUGGUUUACACCGUUUGUAAUUACCUGUCCACCAUUUACACAAUGGGAUCAACGUAUUCUUACUUGUCGAUAUAUUACCGAUUGUAAACGACCACCAUUAUUUCCAACAACUACGACCCGAAAACCAACAACAACAACCCGUAAACCAAUAACAACAUCUACAACAACAACUACGACCCGAAAACCAACAACAACAACUCGUAAACCGACAAAAAUAACAACCACAACCCGUCGACCUACGACCACAACUCGUAAACCGACAAGAAUAACAACCACGACCCGUCGACCUACGACGACAACUCGUAGAUCAACAACAACAACCCGGCGACCUGAUUCUCGUUUUGAAUGUCCAAAAGCAAAUGGCCGAUUUGCACAUAAAGAAUGUUAUAAAUAUUAUCAAUGUUCACAAUGGAAUGCAAUAGAAAUGAAAUGUCCAAAAAGUACACAAUUCGAUAAAAACCAACAAGAAUGUGUACCAAUAUAUGAUUGUCCUAGACCUGCAUUAGGAUAUGAAUGUCCUGAGCCAUCUGGAUAUUUUCCACAUGAAAAUUGUUGGAUGUUCUAUCAAUGUGGUAAUGGAAUGGGUUAUGAAAUGGUCUGUGCAAAAGGAACUCAAUGGAAUCAAACAAUUUUAAAUUGCGAUCAUUUGAGUGAUUGUGAACGACCUGAUAUUGACGGCACAACAUCAACAACGACAUCUAAUCAUGAGGAAUCAACAACUGAAAUUAGAACUACAUCAACUCCUAACGAUAACGAUGACGAUAAAACAACCACAAUUAGACCCACAACGGUGGAAUCAACAACAUCAAAUAAUGACGAUGAUGAUGAUAAAGAAACCACAACAAUGGAAUCCACUACAACAAAUGAUAAUGAUGAUGAUGAAACUACGACAAUAGAAUCGAGCACCGAGCAGGAAACAACAACCACAAACAAUGAUGAUAACGAAAGCACAACUGUGGAAUCCACUACAUCAAACAAUAAUGAUGAUGAGACCACGACCGCAGAAUCGAGUACCGAACAAGAAACAACAACCACAAGCGAUGAUGAUGAAACCACAACUGUGGAAUCCACUACAUCAAAUGAUAAUGAUGAUGAGACCACAACCGCAGAAUCAAGUACUGAACAAGAAACAACAACCACAAACGAUAAUGAUGAUGAAACCACAACUGCGGAAUCAAGUACAGAAUCAGAAACAACAACCCAAGGCGGCUUUCAAUGUCCUGAACCGUCUGGAUAUUAUGAACAUGAAAAUUGUUGGAUGUAUUAUCAAUGCGGCAACGGAAUCGCAUAUGAAAUGACCUGUCCAAAAGGCACUCAAUGGAAUCAAACGAUUUUGACUUGCGAUCAUUUGACUGAUUGUGAACGACCUGAUAUGAAUGAAACAACAACAACAUCGAAUGAUGAUGACGAUGAAACCACAACAUCAAACGGUGAUGAUGAUGACAAUGAAACCACAACUGUGGAAUCCACUACAUCAAAUGAUAAUGAUGAUGAUGAAACUACGACCGCAGAAUCGAGUACCGAACAAGAAACAACAACCACAAACGAUAAUGAUGAUGAAACCACAACUGCGGAAUCAAGUACAGAAUCAGAAACAACAACCCAAGGCGGCUUUCAAUGUCCUGAACCGUCUGGAUAUUAUGAACAUGAAAAUUGCUGGAUGUUCUAUCAAUGCGGCAAUGGAAUCGCAUAUGAAAUGACCUGUCCAAAAGGUACUCAAUGGAAUCAAACAAUUUUGACUUGCGAUCAUUUAACUGAUUGUGAGCGUCCUGAUAUCGAUGAAACUACAACAACAUCUAAUGAUAAUGACUAUGAAACGACAACAUCAAACGGUGAUGAUGAUGGCAAUGAAACCACAACAUCGAAUGAUAAUGAUGAUGAAAUUACAACCAUACCAAAUAUAGAUGAAACAACAACUACUGAUGAUCAAGACAAUGAAACAACAACCUCUAAAAAUGAAGAAGAAACGACAACUAAUAUCAAUGAUGAUGAUAUGGAAACGACAACUCAAAGCGGCUUUCAAUGUCCUGAAUCAUCUGGAUAUUAUGAACAUGAAAAUUGUUGGAUGUAUUAUCAAUGUGGCAAUGGAAUCGCCUAUGAAAUGACCUGUCCAAAUGGCACUCAAUGGAGUCAAAUAAUUUUGAACUGCGAUCAUUUGAGUGAUUGUGAACGGCCAUAAUUUAAGCUAUAAUGAAUGUAAUCAAAUGAAAGAAAAAACAUUUUGCUUAAUUGAUUCUUAUCUUGUCACAUUAAACAAUUAAUCCAAUUUUUAUCUUUAUUU